GGCCAACCUUCAUCCAACAAAGGCAUCAAUUCCAAAACUCGAGCUUCCAACAACCAUACCAAGCACAAGGUUGUCAAGGGUUUCAAUACCAACCCAACAAGUUAUCCAAACUUGAAGACCUAGUGAACACCUUUGUGAGCACGAGUGCUCAAAAGUUCGAGAAGAUUGAGCAAUUUAUGGAUGUGGCAACUACCAAGUUUACCUCGGUUGAGGCGGGACUCCGAAGACAUCAAGCGAGCCUUCAAAGUUUGGAGGUGUAAAUCGGCAAUCUUGCCGGGAUCCUCCCCGAGAGACCAAAGGGAGCUCUACCCUCUCAAACCGUGGAAAACCACAAGGAUCAUUCCAGGGUGCAUGCAAUUCAAUUGAGAAGUGGGAAGGUGACUCCGAGAGUUGUCUCUAAAGAAGUGAUUGAGAAGGAAGAUUCCAACCCCAAGGAUGGAGAUGAAGAGCCCUCGAGGGGAGAGAAAGAAAUGGCAAGGAAGGCUUCGCCGCCGCCAUCUCCGAUGAUUAAGUACAAGGCGCCCCCCUUUUUCCCCACAAGGAUGUAUAAGGAGAGGUUGGAAAAGGAAUGUGGAGGUUUCAUGGAAAUUCUCUGAAACCUCCACCUCAAUAUUCCUUUCCUUGAAGCCAUGGCUCACAUGCCAAGAUAUGCAAAGUACCUCAAAGGAUUCCUCACCAAGAAACCGAAGUUUGAAGACCUCGCCAACGCGACUCUUGGCGAGGAGUGCUCGAAUUUUCUCCUCAACCGCUUGCCCAAAAAGCGGUCUGACCCAGGUAGCUUUACUAUCCCUCUUAGUAUUGGCAACUAUCACAUAGGAAAUGCCUUGGAGGAUUUAGGAGCUAGUGUUAAUGUGAUGCCCUAUAAGAUUUUCAAAAAGUUAGAAGUAGGUGAACUCAAGACCACUAAGUUUAGCAUCACUUUAGCCGACCGUUCGGUCAUUAAUCCUAGGGGCAACAUGAAGGACAUGUUAGUGCGAGUAGGCAAGUUUUGCUAUCCGAAUGAUUUUGUGAUCCUCGAUAUAAGUGAAGACUCGGACUUGACACUCAUACUAGGUCGUCCCUUCCUUGCCACCGCCAAGGCAUUGAUUGAUGUUAAUGAGGGGACCUUAAUUCUGAGGGAUGGUGAGGAGAGGAUCACUCUUGAAAUUGAACCUAAGGUUAGAAGUGAGGAUGUGAAGGAAUUGGUAUCAGAUGAUUUGAAUGUGAGUGGAGGAGAGCCUUUCAAGGCGAACCCCACUAUUACUUGUAUUACUUGUGGUGAUGUUGAGCAGGAAGUCAAAGAGGGUACUAAGACCAAGGAAAGGAAGAAGAAAGCUUGGAGGGAAAAUAUGAAGCAAGCUUUGGCCCGAAGGAAGGAGAAGGGCAAAGCUAAGGUCGUCGGCCAAGAAGGCCACCUUAUGGAGCGUAAGUUGGGAGGCUACUUGCCUCGCCCCAAGAGCGUGGUGGAUCCACUCUCGGUGGCAUCACGCUCCAAGACGUGAUUGAUCCUCAACCGUCAAGCUAAUGACGAUAACUUAGCGCUUGUUGGGAGGCAACCUAAUGGAGGUUUGUUUUCUUUUCCUUAUUUUCGAUUUUGUGUUAAGUGAAAAGUUCAAGUGGUCGAGUGGUAUCCCCGUGCCAAGUUUUGUGGUUUUGCGUUUUAAGGUUGUGUUGUGGUCAUUAGGAGGCACGAUGGAAUAGGUCGAGUCAAAUUUGUUUUAGAAGUGCCCUGUUUUCACUUGAGUUCACUGGCAGAUUGCAGUGUUCACUGUCUUACAAGACCGUGAACAGGCAAAUGCGUCCGUGAACAAGGCACUUCUGCAUGUGCAGCACCUGUCGACCAACCCCAGCUCACGGAAGAAUUUGAGUGUUCACGGUCUCUAAGAAUGUGAACAGGCCAACGCGUCCGUGAACUCCGUGCUUCGCCUAUAAAAGGGGCGUGAACGGCAACUCUUCACUUCACGACCCAAAUCUUGCCGGAAAACCGCACAAAUCCGAUGGUUUUUCAAAAUUUCACCCAUUUCCGGCGAGCAAAACCUAAAACCAACCGCAUACCCAUUCUCCCCUCAUCAAAACUGGUCUGUGCUGAGAUUUUGGGGAGAUUUGGGGCAAGUUUCUUCCGGAAAACUCGUCGGUGGUGAGUCUCCGACGAGCUUCCGAUGAAGCUCCAACAACCACUCUACGGUAUGUUUUUCAGCCAUUUUUUGCCUUCCUCGCCCGCACCUCACUUCCUCCUACGUCCCAUUUGAGUCUCCAGGUUGGUUUUUCAUCUCUUCCUUAUUUAUUUUGGGAGAAUCAGAUUAGGUAGUGAAAUGAGAAUAAUUUUUAGUGCCUUGAAUGUUGAAUCUAGAAUUAGGGCGAGGAAUCAGGUUGAUUGAAUGGUGAAAUGAUGUUGCAUGAGCCAAGUUGAGCCUUGUUGGGUGUGUUUGAAUCGAAUUGCUUUUAUUUGUAGAAUUUGCCCACCAAGUGCUAAUUUGUGAAUGAAUGUGAAGUUUUUAU